AUGAGAGCUUUCAAAGGAUAUGUGGUUUUCUUCGUCUGUGUAGCAAUAUUAGCCCUCAGUGCCCCAUGUCUUGGAAGCCCUGGAAUUCGUUAUAAUAAAUGGCAUGUGCACGUGGUUAACAACUUGGGCGCCGGAAAAACAUUGUUUGCGCAUUGUAAAUCCAAAGACGACGAUCUAGGCGAGCGAAACCUUGCACCGGGGACUGAGUUCAAUUGGAGUUUCAAAGAGAAUUUCUUUGGAACGACGUUGUAUUGGUGCUACAUGAGCACGGACCAGAAGCAUGCAGCAUUGGAUGUGUUUUGGGUGGAGGGUGACCAUAGUUGGCUUCAGUAUAGAUGCAAUUGGAAAGAUUGCAUUUGGAUUGCGAAAGAUGAUGGGAUUUACAUAAAGAUUAUUCCUGAAAAUCGUGAUGAGUUUUCUCAUAAAUGGGAGGUGUAG